GACUUGGGCGAGAUCCUUUUCCCUUCACCCUCCUUCUCGCCGCUAUGGCGGCUGGGAGUCUCUCUCGCGCCCGACUUCUGCAUCUCCGGGGGAUACGCGGCGCCCCUCUCCCCUUCCUGGCGAGCUCCGAAUGGGUGUAACCCGGAAGGAGCUUCUAGAACCGGAAACUCCCCCAAUAAUUUCCCCCCCCCGCCUUUCUCCAGCGCCCCCUCCUGGCUUGUUUCCCCCCCUCAUUCAUCAUUUGUUUCUCCACCGUCCAUAGUUCUUAGUGCUUCCUAUGCCCUCUUCUAAGCACCUUCAGGCUCCAGUUCCCUCUGUCUUCGUUACUUGGGACAUCGUUCUGGGCAUUCCCUCAAAUUUCUUUUUUUUUAUCUUCGCCUUCCUUCCGCAGGUGGUUCAUUUCCAUAAUCCCGUCUGCAGUAGCUACCUUGUCAGCCUGCAUUGACGUAUCAGCCCUUCCUUUCUGGUUGCCGUUUUUAAAUAACUUUUGUUUUCCACUCUAUGGAUUCUUCCCAGUUCAGCGGUGCCUGCAAUGAUAACUCCACCUCAGCAAGAUUCCUGGCAGUGAAGAGCUACCUGUCUCCAGGAUUUAUGUAGGGCCCAGCAACACCAUGUCUGAACUGAAAGAUUGUCCCCUUCAAUUCCACGAUUUCAAGUCUGUGGACCAUCUCAAAGUGUGCCCACGCUAUACGGCAGUACUGGCCCGUUCUGAAGAUGAUGGUAUUGGCAUUGAAGAGCUUGACACGCUACAGUUAGAGCUUGAAACAUUGCUGUCAUCUGCAAGCCGCCGACUUCGGGUGCUGGAGACUGAAACCCAGAUCUUGACAGACUGGCAGGACAAGAAAGGAGACAGACGAUUUCUGAAAAUUGGCAAGGACCAUGAGGUGGGUCCUUCUAUCAAACAUAGCAAGCUCAAGAAGCAGAAGCUAGAUGUGAAAGGAAGCCACAGCACUCCAGGACGGCCCAAAUCCAAGAACCUGCAGCCUAAAAUUCAAGAGUAUGAAUUCUCAGAUGAUCCAAUCGAUGUGCCCCGUAUUCCUAAAAAUGAUGCACCCAACAGAUUCUGGGCCUCAGUGGAGCCAUACUGUGCUGACCUCACCAAUGAGGAAGUUCGAACCUUAGAUGACCUGCUCAAGCCACCUGAAGAUGAAGCUGAACACUACAAGAUCCCACCCUUAGGAAAACAUUACUCCCAGCGCUGGGCCCAGGAAGACCUGCUGGAAGAGCAGAAGGAUGGGGCUCGGGCUGCAGCUACUGCGGAUAAGAAGAAAGGCAUCUUGGGACCUCUGACCGAACUGGACACUAAGGAUGUUGACGCUUUGCUGAAGAAAUCGGAGUCCCAGCAUGAACAGCCAGAGGAUGGGUGCCCUUUUGGGCCUCUCACCCAGCGCCUUCUGCAAGCACUUGUAGAAGAGAACAUCAUCUCCCCCAUUGAAGAUUCGCCUAUUCCGGAGAUAGCAGGCAAAGACUCUGCAAUUGACGGUGCCAGCACUUCCCCUCGCAGCCAGAACAAGCCCUUCAGCGUACCCCACACAAAAUCUCUUGAAGGCCGCAUCAAGGAAGAGCUGAUUGCUCAAGGGCUGCUGGAGUCAGAGGACCGACCGGCAGAGGACUCGGAGGACGAAGUGCUAGCCGAGCUGCGGAAGAGGCAGGCUGAACUUAAGGCGUUAAGCACACACAACCGGACCAAGAAAGUCGAGCUGCUCAGGCUGGCCAAAGAGGAACUUCACAGGCAAGAGCUGCGGCAACGUGUGCGCAUUGCUGACAACGAAGUCAUGGAUGCCUUCCGCAAGAUCAUGGCUGCCCGCCAGAAGAAGCGCACCCCAACCAAGAAGGAAAAAGACCAAGCUUGGAAGAGCCUCAAGGAACGCGAGAGCAUCCUUAAGCUGCUAGAUGGUUAAUGCUACAAGACGCCUGGCCGAGCUUCUCCAUUUGAACCAUAAUGGAGGCCCCAGCUUAAGGGGAGAUGUCAGCCGCAGGUGUAGACUAUAUAGCAGCAUCCCUCACUGGUUUGUCCUCACUCCUCUUGCUAUAUAUUUCAGCUGAGACUCUGGGCAGGUUGGCUUCCAGCAGUGUGCCUUCUCUUUCUGGGUGUGGCUUUGAGCCCUGUGGUGUGCGGUGAAAUGAGCGCCCAGGGUUGCGUAAAGCGGCAGUCCCCUCUGUAAGGACAACUAUGCUGUGGCAUAGAGGCGAGACGGAACAAAAUCUAUAUUAGUCUUGCGCACCAAAUGCCAGGUUUCAGGAUCUGUCAGCAGCAUAAACUGGAACAGAUGGAAGGGUCGUUCUUGAAGUUAGAUUUUGUUUUUUCCUUCCUACUGCUCUUCCUUUAUUGGUGUGUUAAGGAAAACAGCACCUCGAAAGCGAUAGGCACAGCGAAGGUCAAGUGUGGGAGCCUAGUGUCUCAAAGGCCUGUCUUUUCUUAAGUUUGGGAACGAUUUAUUGACUCUGUGGCUGCACCAGUUGUAGCUCAUCAGCAAUUAGGACAGAGCUAAGAUGAAACAUCCGGGGAAGUUCCGAGGCAUGGGUAGAAUUGUCCUGCGGGUGCUUUAAGUAGAUGCCUGUUAUAUCUGUAGAACUGUAGAGGGAACGGUGUGCCUCCUCCCCCUGCAUUUCACCAUUCAAACAUAGUUACAAUCCAAACUGUUAUCAAGGAUGAGGUCUGCACUACUUGGGUGGACAUAAUUUUUGCAAGGCAGCUAUGAUGUCUUUACUUCCUAUUUGGCUCGUUGUCUUCCUGGGAUGGUAUUGAGGGUUGCAAGUUCUCCCUUGCGCCAUAGUGUUGAUAGAAAGGAGUUAUCCUCCAUGGAAACAAGCCGAGAAAGACUAGCGGGUUCUGGAGCAAAGGACUUGAGCAUUUGGAACAUUCAACGGUCCAAGGAAGAAAAAGGAUUUUCUAUUUCGGUGGAACCGACUAAGUGACCCAGUCUUGCCCCAUAUUAUUUCCAGAAACACACAAUUCGGUAUCGAAAUUGCAGAUGGCUAGAAGUGCAGUUAGGAAACACCAAGUAGGGUGAUAGGGGGAGGAGAGAUUCCUUCCUCCUCCAGAAUCUAUAUUUUAACCCAGCCUCACCCAGAAACUCCCAAGAAAGUGAGAAAGUAAGCUGGGAAGAAGCCUAGCCAAAAGUCUUUCAUUCAAAAGAGAUAGGGAAGAACAGCUCUUCCAUGAGCCAUUCACAGGCAGGGCAAUGAGCCACUGUGCUCCCGUGGUUCUUUCCUGCAAGCUGCACAUGGGCUGAACCCAUUUGGGCAGCUCUUAUUUCCACCAGCCAUUUAGCAGGCAAACUGCAUGAAACAUUGGCAGACUGGUGAUGAAAAGAGCACAAGGGCGGGACCAGGCCAUCUGUGUCCUCUUCCUCACUUGGGUACAGAUCAACCACUGCCUCAGGAGCCUGCUUGUCUUCGUCAAAAAGCCGUGUGCAUUUAGUCUGCCUUCCUGUCCAUCUCUUCCUUGAUCAAUUUCACCUUCUGGCCUCGGGCUCCUUUUGCAUUCUCGACUGUUCCAGGAUGAGUGUGUUCACUCUCGCUGAAAUUGAACAUAACACUGCUGUUUGGCAUGGGAGUGGGGGUCAAUAAUUCAUUCUGUGUUGAUAACCAGUUGGAGAAGAGGCUCGAGCAGAUGUUUGCAUUUGCCUUGGAUUCUAUCUGCCUGUUAUAUGGACAGACUUCUUCCAUCACCAACUCCUUCAAAGGCUGACCGAUCACUCCCAGUUUUCUUAUUAAACAUACAAUUGUCUUUUUUACCCUCUUCCCCAGUUUGGAGUCCUUUUUGCUUCCCCGUUUACCAGCAAGUUUCAACGUUCGGUCCGUUGUUUGAAGACUUUUCAAACUCCGUUGUUUUGGGGAAAAAAACAUAAGUGGCUUUAGGGUGAGAGCCAGAAAACAAACAAUAUGUGCAUGACGAAAGGUAGAAGAGCCGGCAUUUGGAGAAAAGAUCAGAAUCAUCCCCAAAGAAUUAAUAAAUCCAGAAGCAACUGGUGA